AUGUAUCAACGGCACUGGCACCAACAACUUCGCCGGGCUGUGCGAGUUCGGUUACUCGGCAAGGCCAAGACCAAGCCCAAGGCCACGGGGUCAAUCGGGUAUCCCGCCGAGGGCAUGAGUGCCAGCUACAGCGGUCUCUGCGCGUUUGACUGUCCGCUGGAAUAUUGCCCCGAUGCGUGCGGGACGGUCUCUGCCCAGUUGAGCACCCCGACUGUCUCGGAGUUUUUCCCCCCAGCUUGCAUUGCGGGCACGGGAGAGGGCAACCUGGCUGGUCUGUGUUCGUUCUCUUGCAGCCUUGGUCACUGCCCUAUUGCGGCGUGUACGUGUACGGCCAAGGGCGCGCUGCACACUCUUCCCGAGGCAACGGGCGACGUGGGCGUUGCUAGGCCUGGGAUGGACGAAAGCAUCUACACGGACCUGUGCGUGUUCACCUGCAUGUACGGAUACUGCCCGGAUCCGGCGUGUGUCAAGGCCGAGGAUUCCGGGAGUGGCUCGGACGGCGGAGACGGCUCUGAUGAGGGGAGUGGUUCUGGCGAUGUCUACAUCGACCCGACGUUCUUCCUGGAGCCUGCGCCUGUGAUCCUGCCCAAGGGAAGGACCAUCUAUCUGUACGAGGUGACGACGACGAUUGUCGAGGGAGAGUCCACCAUCGACCGGCUCCAGCCCAGCCCCAUCACCACGUCAACCCUCCAGUACUUCAACAUGCCCGUGCAUGCAACCCGGGGAGACGACCACCGUCAGGCCGCCGGUUGCCACCUAGGAGUCCUUCCGGAGCCACGAGACGUUCUACAGCCUGGAGACGACGCACUACGCGAACGACGGACAUACGUACACCUACUCCGAGGCGCAGUUCCCCGAGCUGACGGACCUGACCACGCCCACCAUCUCCACCACGACCCUCCCGUCCGGAACCCCGAGGCCAGCUCCACCAGCACCAGCUCCGGCACCCCCGUCCCUGUCUGGAUCCAGGCCAGCGGCUUCUACUGGUCGGACAUGCCCGAUCCCACGCUCUCGCCCGGGGCCGCCGUCAACCCUUCCACCGCCCGCGCAGCACCUGCACCGACACCAACAACCCCGGCUGCGGCCACCGCUGCACCCGUGACUGCUCGUCCUCCUCCUCCUGCUCCACCGACACCGCCACCAACUACUGGGUCUCGUGCUCCAUCACCACCUGCGAGACCACCAAGCCCAGGACCUUCACCGGCUGUUCCGUCACCGACUUCCUGCCCGACCGGCGUGACCCUCGAUCCCGACGCUGACCAGAGCGUCAACGACCCCUCCCCGACUUCCAGAGGCGUCUAA